AUGUGCCUCCCUCAAGAACUUGGUCUUGACUUCGAGCAGCUUCUCGUACAGGGCAUUAGCCUCCCUCCAGCGCUACGCCUCCACAUAGAAUUCAGCCAGGUAGUUGGCAAUCCACCACACAGCCGAGUGGUCGAAUCCCAGGGUCUCGAGCGUCGUCUCAAAGACGCCCCGGUUCCUAAACGCAGACGGCUGCAUGACUGCAAAGAUGACAUAAUGGAUAGCUUUAUCACCCCAUCUAACUGCAAGGUGUUUCUUGCAUACGUUGAUUAG